GGGGUGCCCAUCGAAAUAAUAAUAAUAAUAAUAGGAAAACAACACCUGUGUAAAGAGGAGGAGGUGAUAGGUUUUCAUUCUCUCUCUGAUUGGAUAAAUUGGAGUGCAUUCGAUCGUUGAAUUUCUCCCAUUGCAGAGCCUUCAAAUUUGUAAUUUGCAGGAACAACGAACAACGAAGAUGGUGCUGCCGCUCCUUGUUUUGCUUCUCUUUGCUUUCAUUCCAAAUGGAUUAUUGGCACUUCCUUCCACCGUCCCCGCAUUCCUUUGGUCAUCGCAUUAUCAGCUGGGUUCAGACAAUGAAUUAAAGGAGUCUGUGAAUUAUCAGGUCAUUUCUCCAAAAGAUCUAGCAAAGUCUGUUUUAUCUGAAGCCGGCUGGUCAAAUUUUCUGUGCAAAGGAAAGAACUAUCAGGAGCCUCUAGAUCUGGCACUUCUAUUCAUUGGUAAAGAGUUACAAUCUUCUGAUUUAAGUCUGAACAAACAUGCAGACUCAGCCCUUUUAGACAUGCUUAAGAUCUCUUUCACCAGAUCCAACACUUCUGUGGCAUUUCCCUAUGUUUCUGCAUCAGAGGAUGCAGACUUGGAAAAUUUGUUGGUUUCAGGAUUUGCUGAAGCCUGUGGAGAUGAUAUGGGAAUCAGUAAUGUUGCUUUCCUUGGAUCUUGCUCCAUGGAUGCUACACGUCAUGAUAAAAAUGCAGCUUUGCACUCAGUUCAAGAGUAUUUGACUAAGAGGAUGGAAGACAGUCAUGGAGGGAAAACAGAUCUGGUUGUGUACUGCAAUGGAGGUUCUCAAACUCUGAAAAAUGCUGACAGCACACAAUCUGAAGGGGAAGUUUUAUCCAAUCUUAUCAGUUCUGUGGAGGAAUCUGGUGCAAAAUAUGCCGCUCUUUACGUGUCAGAUCCCUCCAGGUCAAUCCAGUAUCCUUCUUACAGGGAACUGCAAAGGUUUCUAGCUGAAAGUUCAACAGGGAAUGAAUUGAUCAAUUUCCCAUUUUGUGACUCAGUCUGCCAGAUUAAGUCAUCUCUUCUAGAGGGAGUUUUAGUGGGCAUAGUUUUGCUAAUAAUUUUGAUAUCGGGCCUUUGCUGUAUGAUGGGAAUUGACACCCCAACCAGAUUUGAGACACCACAAGAGUCAUGAUCCGUUUGUUGAAGCUAAUAAUUAUUGUGAUGCUGGGUCUACUGGAUUGAAAUAUUACUGCUAUAUUAUUUGCGCAUUUUACGGAGGCUCUGAUUAAUCCUGUAGUUGUUUGUUGUCUUAUCUCAGAGACUUAUCAUAUUGAAAUUUUAAAUAAUUUGUACCAGUAUAUAAAAAUAAAACUUCAAUUUUAGGCUUUAAUUUUGAUCCCGCUAGUUGUAAAAUUUGAUGAAGAAAUUUCAGAUUAUGAAUGUUUUAUUUU